AUGGACGUUGAACAGUUUCCGAAAGACCAAAUCAAUGACAGAACAGAUGAAUACGGAGGCUCAUUGGAGAACCGUUGCAGAUUUGCUCUGGAAAUCGUUGAAGCUGUCUCCAAUGCGAUAGGAGCUGAUAGAGUUGGCCUCAGGCUCUCCCCGUUUGCAGAUUACAUGGAAUCAGAAUACUCAAAUCCAACAGCACUAGGUCUCUACAUGGCUGAAGCCCUGAAUAAAUAUGGAAUUCUGUACUGUCACAUGGUGGAGCCAAGGAUGAAAACUCUGGGGGAAAAAUUCGAAUGUGCAGAUACUCUUCUGCCAAUGAGGAAGGCAUUCAAAGGUACUUUCAUCGUUGCUGGUGGCUAUGGUAGGGAAGAUGGCAGCGAAGCAGUGGCCAAAGAUAAUGCUGAUCUUGUUGCCUAUGGACGUUUGUUCCUGGCCAAUCCAGAUUUGCCAAAACGAUUUGAGUUAAAUGCUCCUCUGAACAAGUACAACAGAACCACCUUCUACAUACCUGAUCCUGUUGUUGGCUACACUGACUAUCCAUUUCUUGAAACCAUGGCAUGA